AUGAUUCAGCAGAGAAUAUUCUGUGAGGUUUGGAUAAAUGUGAGAAAUGUUUCUUUGCUUUGAAUGUUCUGGGCAAAUUUUUCGAUUUUUGUUUCCACUAUCUUCAAGGAACUUUUCAUAUUUCUCUUUAUAUAUUUUUUUGUGACCAGAUUCGGGGAAACCCUUGAAUCUGACUUGCCGCGCGCGCGUCGAAUUACCUUUAAACGUGACAUAAAACAAGCUGAAAUAUUUCAGUUCGCCACGGAUUCGUCCAAUAGCUGGGACUGGCCGCUUCAGCACCGUGACGGCGUCGUCAAGGUUAUUUUUCUAGCAGUAUAAUUUUAAUCCCUUAGUAAUCAAGAGUAUUUUGAAAUUUUUCUCAAAAAAAUAUUAUUCAAAAUGGUUCAUAUAAGGGUUCAGGUGACGAAUACGCGGGAAAAGUUCGAAGUCGGGCUUGCUGCUGGUUUUUUCGGCCCCAAAGACAUUGAGGUCAAGGUCAACGGCCAUUUGCUCAUCAUUCAUCUGCAGAGAGAGGUUUUAUGGCUGUUUAUUCUCAUUCAAACGCGCCCUAGUAUUGAGAGCUGUUUGCAAAUAUUUUCAAAGUGAGAUAAUAAAAAAAAAAUCUAAUGGUUGUGCUCCUUGUAAGUACGAGACUUAAGUCUGAUUCCUAAGUCCUGAAAGGUUGAGUGGUCCCUAUAGGGGUCUUCUAAUUUUUUUUAAAAGUUUUAAAAGUAAAAUUGACUGUUAAAUAAAGCAGCAAAUAACACUGGCCAAUCGGCGAUCGCCCUUUGAUGACCAAAAUUAAUCACAGACUGGUAUUUUCAUACUAAUUGUGUGCACUCGGAUACUAUCAAAAUUACGAUUUUGAAAAAAAUGUUUAUUUUUCAUAAGCGUAAACAUAUUCUUAAUUUUGUCGUGAUGUGAAAUAUUUUUCAAAAAAUAAAUUUAAGGGCAACGAUCCCCGUGCCUCUUCUAUGUUCCGAGAGGUUCAUCGGACCUAUCGGCUUCCUGAAGACGUCGAUCCGCGGACCAUUUCCUCCUACCUCAGCUCCCGUGGCGUUCUCACGAUCUCCGCUAAGAAAAUUCUGCUGAUCCAAUUGUUUUGUUAGGAUUUUUCCGCUUAUUUCUUCCUGCCAUGCUUCAUACAAUGAAAUUUUUAUUUUAUUUGCUUGUUUGCUUGCGGGAAGACGGGUAUUUUCAAAGUAAAAUCCAUUACUUGAAACAUUUUUGAGAAGAGCUCUUUUCCAUUGAACUUGUUAUUGUCGUGUUCAAAGCUUGUGGCAAAACAGUAUCUCGUUCAGAAGCAUGGAAACGCGGCAGAUUCCCACAGCGUGAUUGGUUCACUCCGCCCAUUUGAUGAAAAAAAAUUCACAUUGGAAAUUUGUCAAAAGGCGGUGCCGUCUGGCUGUUUUCGACAAUUUGCACCUCGAGCUUUUGAAAUAGAGAAGACGAGUUUCUCCUUUGAAACACUUUCAUAACAAUAUCUAUUGAUUUUCAGUGAGUACACAAUAUCGAUUCGGAGGAUCGGAACAUGAGGAACUGGUCCGCCUGGAAAUUUUCUCUCGGCUUUUGAGUAGAUCCCUCGAGCCGAUGUGUGUAAUAUUUGCGUUACAACGAGCCGGCGGCCGCGUUGUAGUCUCAUUUAUUCAGACUGCUUCUAUAUUUUCUUUUUUUGUUCGAAUGUUUUUCUUUAUCUUCCAUUUUGUAGGUAAAAUGACUUUUGAGGGGAAGGAAAAUAGCCCGGUAAUUGGCACCGGCGAUGAAAUCUCUUCAAUACAUUCAAGAAUCAAGGUCAUUUUUUCAUUCUGCAGAACAGAAUUCUGUAUCCAACAGAAAACCAGAAAAGUUCUAGAUUUUCGAUAAUCCAUUUGCGACGCAAGUAUCCAACCCAAAAGUGGAUUUGUUCUGUGCGCAGUGUUUGCGUGGCUCUUCUGCAGGCGAAAGUUUGCUUCGGUGCUCCGGGUGAGUAUCCAAAAAUACUCCGGAAAUUUCCUUAUAUGGUAAUUUAAAUAUUUGAAAAUUGGCCAAGAAAAAUCGGAGGGUGUCGCUUCAUUUCCAUUGCCUCAUCUGAGGUUUUUCAUUGCAUUUCUAGUGGUAAAUAGGACCCAGAAACAGAUGUUUUAAAAAAAUUUUAGAUAAUUAUUCAAUUAUUCAUCCCCAAGUGUAAAAGAGCAAAAAUAUCGUAGAAAGCAUUAUAAAAAAUUAUUUUUAGUAUUCUGACAUUCCUUCUCAUCAGAAGAAUAUGAAGACCGAAUGACCACAUUAAAAAAAAAUAAAAUCAAGAGAUACACCUACUUCCGGAAUAUCAGCUGUUAAAAUGAAAAAAAAAACCCUGGAAAGAAUUUCAACAUACUUCCAGCUGCAACUUCGCGCGAUACUGUAGUAAAGAGUGCCAAAAAGCUGCCUGGCUCGUUCAUAAGCCGGAAUGUCGUCGUCUGAAAGCGGUGAGGAACUAUUUUGAAUGUAUUUUCUCAUAAAACGUUAUGAAAACUCCGGAAAAAGUUUCUUUUGAACCGUCCAUUUUUUUCAGCUUUUUUUCUCGUCGAAGAAGUUUUUGAUUUUAUUCAACCUCUUGAAAAUUUGUUCCAAAGUCGAAUUUUUUUCAUAAACUUUUGUGUCAUUUAGAACUUUUAGGUUUUCCCGAACCUCCCACUAACCGAAGUUUUCUUCCUUUCAAAAAUCAUUGACCGACUGGAGUACAUCAAAAAGAAUGGCGACAAAUACGGCUGGGAAGCUGAACGGCCAUUUUCGAGCCUCGUUGACCACAAGGAAGAGAUACGGUACCUCCUCCUUCCUUGCCUGGAAAUGUUUCGAAUUCAGAGCCGACGCGGAUAAAAUGGAACAUUUUGAAAAGGUCAACACGAAAAUGGGUAUCUUCCGGAAAGACGAAAUGAUUGAAAAGGUAUGUUUUUCAAUAAAAAACGGAAAAAAGUCGAGAUUUAGGAAGAAUUCUUCGACAUUUUCUGCAAAGCCACGAUCAACUCGCACAGUAUUCAUACCAAUUCUGGCAAUGAAGUCGGCAUGGCCUUGGAUCUCGGUAUAUUUAGAAAACAAAAAAAUGAAAAAAAGUUAAUUUCGAAUUCAGGAGUUUCAAAAAUACAAUCAUUCGUGUCGACCAACCUGUUCGAUGGUUUUUGAUGGAUAUCGGUGAGAAAAAGAAAUUAUUAGAAGGGAUUUGAAACUCAUAAGAAACAAAUGAAGAAUCGAACAAAGAAAAAUUUAAAAAAAUACAAAGGGGAUUUAUAUUUUUGAAAUUUUUUUAUAGCUUGUAGAUAUAAUUUUUUUAUAGCUUUUUAGAUUUCAACACGGCCAAAGUGCAAAAGGUCUCAAAAAGAACUUUUGAAAAAAGCGUCUUUUUUUUAACCUUUCUCUGAAGAGAAAAAAAGAAGAGGCGGAAAAAAUGAGUUUCCGAAAAACAUUUGACACCUUUUUAGAUUUUCAAAAAAAAAACUUUAGACUCAUCUUUUCAAGGCCCUUUUGACGCCGUUUGGAAUUUGCCUGUGAAAGACUUUUUAAAAUCUUUCUUUCGUGUUCAAAGUGAUUUUCACCAAGUGCGAAAUGAUCUCUUACUUUCCAAAGUUUUUUUUUCAAAAGCGUGUUUUUCAUUUUCAGCAUUUUUUUUUCUCCCAUUUUAAACUUCAUGCCGUGUUCCAUUUGAUUCCGCGAAACGCAAAAUGAUCUCUGACUCUCCAAAAUUUAGUGAUCUUUUCCUUUCUCUAAUGGGUAUUUUUACAUUUCGCGUAUUUAUCACGGAAUCAUAAAAAAAUAAAUUAUAACGAUAAAAAAAGCAAGUACAAUACAACUAUCCUUUGAAAUUUAUUAAAAAAAGUUGAGUUAAAAAAAGAAAAAAAAGCUGUUUGAAAAAAAUGUCGUAGGACACCGUUUUUGUAGUCGCUUUGCUUCCCAUUUUCGUUAUCUAGAGUGUGUCUGCGUCCUCUGGUGCCAGGAGUUGAUGCCAGCAAUAUCGAGCAAGCCUUCAUCUCUUACAUUGACGUCGGACGGAGCAAAUACAUCAGAAGACGCGAUCUCAGGGUAAAAAUUACAUUUAUUUUUUCAUCAUAGUGUGAUAGAUUAAUUGAACUUCAGGAUCGUUGGUAUUUCGAAUGUCAGUGUUCAAGGUGCACGGAUCCUGAAGACGAUCUGUUGACUUCGAUUAAAUGUGUCAAUCCAAAUUGUGAUGAGCCAAUUGUGAGUUCAAAUGCGUUGGAAGAUCAAAUAUCGCAUUUUUGGAUCACUUCCGAAACCGACGAGGCCAUGAACAUUGCCUGUCCGAAAUGCGGGACUUUGAAUGAAGAAGAUCGGGUGAAAUCAGCACAAGAGUACAUGAAAACUCUCCCAGCUUCUUUUGAUCCCCAGUGUCCUGCGGACAUCGUGAGUUGAACAAAUUAAAAAAAAAAUUCCUUUCGAUCCGUUUUAGUUUUUUAUUUUUUAUAUUAUGAUAUAACUAUUCAGGAACCGCUCACUGAAAAGGUCAGUUUAUAUAAAAUCCCCAAAUCCCUUUUCAACCACGCUUUGUCGCCAUCCUGAGCUGCAAUUGCAUACCCUCCGAUCCCUCUUCCCCAUCGUAGCAUCGGUGGUUCAGUGGUAGAAUGCUCGCCUGCCACGCGGGCGGCCCGGGUUCGAUUCCCGGCCGAUGCAAUCCUUUUUUGCUUUUUUUUUGCACUCCUUCCCCUCACUCCGACCUUUGACAGAAAGUGAUCGAAUUUUCCGAAAAGUCCAAUUUUUCAGCUCAAAGAUCUGCUGUCGAAGGCUGAGCAAAUAUUACAUCCUUCGAAUGUCUAUGUGGCAAGGUAAAAGAACAAAAAAAAAAAGAAAUUCACAAAAAGUUUAAUACGUCAGACUUCGAACCGCGUUGUUCCAUGUGACUGGAAAUUUAACGAUGGAUAAUUUGUCGACCAUGCACAAGCAAAUCUACGACAAUUAUAAAAUGUAAUUGAACAAAUUUUUUUGAAAAUUUUUUUGCUCUUAGGUGCUUCCCAAAAGCCGACCGACAUGUUGGAUUUCAAUUGCUUCAUAUUGUCAAAACGCUGGUUGAACAAGAUAAGAGGGAAGAGGUGCAAAAAGUUUGGGAAAGUCUUCAUGAAAAUGAGUUCUCAGGCAAUGUCCUACGCUUUCGAUGCGAUGAACAUUUUCGAAGUUUGCUUCGGAUUGGAUCAUCCUUACUACUUGCAGACGCUCGCCUUGUGGACCUAUUUAGAGAAGCAUGUUAGUCUUGAGAGUUUAAUAGGAAACUUUUUCUAAUAGGGAUUGGUUCUGAAUACUUUAAGCUUUCCAAAUAAAAAAAAUAUAAAUUUGUCGGAAAAUCAGAAGGUUGUUUCAGUGCGAAGAAAUUUAAGAAUAAUCCCCGAAAAAAAGAAAAUUUUUCGAUUUUUUUAAAUUAAAUUUUUCUAUUCAAAAUAAGAUAUAUUUUUUCGAUCUUGAGAACUAUAGCUGAUUCACGGCUGGCUUGAGUUAUCGAAAAAAUGGUCCUGACACGAUAAUGCACGAGACAGCGGCUGGCUCGUUGAGAACGCAGACAGGACACGCCCCUUAGCGUCCCAAGCUUGCCGUGAAUCAGCUAUAUUCGAUUUCAAGAGAAAUCAUUUCAAUUUUAAGAUUCCGAAGACGAAAGAAGAGCUGGUGCAGCUGACGCACUUCUCGGACAACCGACCAGUCGACAUCGUCACUCUUCUGAAGAGAGCCAACAUGCUUCCGCCGCCCCCAACGGCUAAGCAAUCGACGAUCCCGGCUGUUUGA